GACUCGGACGUACUGACGUAGUACGUCAAAGAAACUGCUAGCGGGAGAGAAGCGCUGCUGGCGAAUCCUCCAUUUGAGGCUACAAGAUGAGUAAGGCGCACCCGCCGGAGUUGAAGAAAUUUAUGGACAAGAAGUUGUCAUUGAAGUUAAAUGGUGGCCGACAUGUCCAAGGAAUAUUAAGAGGGUUUGAUCCAUUUAUGAAUCUGGUAAUAGAUGAAUGUGUGGAAAUGGCACAAGGUGGACAGCAGAACAACAUUGGGAUGGUGGUAAUUCGAGGAAACAGCAUCAUUAUGUUGGAAGCCUUGGAACGAGUAUAAAUUAAUAAUGUAGCCUGCAGUGGCAUUUUUUAAAUUAGUUGUGGAUUCUACAGGAAAUGUAUAUUCCUUUUUUU